UAGUGACAGUUGACACUCUUUGGAUAGGAUUAGGGUCGGAGUGUUUUGAAUGUUUUGUUUUAAAAUUGUCCAAGAAAAUUGUUUUGUUUAAUAAGUGAUAAAUACGUAGGUAUAGUGGCUAGUGAUUUAUAUUCUCUUAGAUCUAAUAUGGAUUCAAUCUAUAAUAAUCCUAUUCGGCAAAAAAUUAAUAAAAUUUUUGAUAGCCACAUCAUAACUGAUAAUAGUGAAGCUUUAUAUACUGUUUCUGGAUUGUGUUCCUCGAAUUCCGCUUAUACCAGAAGAAUAUUAGUGAAUGAGAUAGAGAAAAGGGAUUUAUUAGUUAAUAAAGCUAUCCUAGGAGAGUUCAACAAGGUCAAAGAUAAAUUGCAAAUAUUGAUUGACUCCCUCAGCUCUUUAGAUGUUGCUGUUAAAGACAUGUCAAACCGAUUGCAUGAAUCCAAGACGAAAACCCAUCAUAUAAUAGCACAAACAACCAAAUUGAAAGAUGAAAGAAGAAAGACAAAGAAAAAGCUACUUUGGGUCAACACAUUUGUUAAUAACUUUCAUCUGUCCCAAGAUCAAUGCAAGAAUCUUUUCAAUGUUUCCCCACUGACUAAGGAUUUCUUUAAUUCUUUGGCUAGUAUAGAAAGAUUAAAUGAGAACUGUAGGGCUCUUGUAAAGUGCUGGUAUCAAACUCCAGCAUUUGAUAUCAUGGAAACAAUAGGGCUCCAGCAAGAAGCUGCCAUUGAAAAGCUAUACCACUGGACUAUUGGAGCAUGUCUUAUUGUGGACUCUCCCAAUAAUGCAUUAGUCCCUAAGGCAUUGGCAAAACUUGAGAACAGACAAGUUUUAUUCUGCAAUAUAAUUGAUGAAUACUGCAAUGCAAGAAAAGCAAUUGUUGUACAGUUAUUUAUUGAUGUCUUGACUAAAGGUGGUGACAAUGGAUCUAAACCAAUAGAAUUCUAUGCCAAUGAUCCAAAACGUUACAUUGGGGAUAUUUUAGCUUGGGUAUAUCAAAUUAUACCUGUUGAGAAAGAAAAUCUAACUAUCCUCCUUAAGCACUGUACCAUGGGGGACAAUGAACAGAAAAUUACUGAUGCUCUAACGAAUAUUAUGGAAGCAUUAUGUCCAUUGUUAAAAGUAAGAGCAGAACUUAUACUAAAACCUGAUAAAGAUCCCUUAGUUUUAUGGUCUAUUACUAACUUGAUUAUUUACUAUAAGGGUAUCAUACAAACUGUUAUAUCAAAAGGUCACAUGAUAGAUACCUUUGAUGACCUCUUAAGGAAAAGUGAAGAUGUGUUCCUGAUUACUUUAGACAGUAAAAUUCAAAAAGAGUUAAGUCAUGGAGUAAAAGCACCCCCUUCAGAUUUAAAUCCAUCAUUUGUUGUCACUGACUUAGUAAGUUUCUUGAGGGACUUGAUGAAUAUCUCAAGCAAUGCUAACAACACAGAUAAAAGAAUUAUCAUAACACAUAUCUUAGAUCCACUUUUGCACGCAAUCAAUGAGACAGCAUGUCAUCUCAGCUCAAGUGACAUGUCAGUGUACAUGUUAAACUGUAUUUAUCAUAUUCAGUGUACUCUGUCACUGUACACUAUUCUAGAUGAAUACAGUGAAAGGCUACAGGCACAAUCAGAGGCUCAAAUAGAUACAUUAACAUCUGAGCAAGCCAGUUAUCUAGUAGCAAAUUUGAACAUGGGCCCUAUUUAUACAAUUUUACAAGAAAAAAUCAAUGGACCCCUUUCAGCAAUACCCGGUAUGGAUACUACAUCACUAAGAACUUUCCUAAACAAGUUUGAUAUUUUCUUAGUAACGCCAGAUGUCUAUAUACUGCCUCAAUUAAACUUGCUGAUUAGUCAUAAUCACAAAUCAAUUGUAAAAAAACGAGCAUUUGAUGUAAUAAUGGCUAUUUAUGAACAAUUAUAUCAAGCUAUACAGGAUCCCAGCAAUAGUUAUGUGGAACCUCAAACAAUAGUAAAAAGAACUCCAGAAGAAGUUAAGAAACUACUUGCAUGAAAAUUAUAUUAAAAGUUAUUAUCUUGCAUGUUGACCUGGCACAUGAAAGGCCAUAGACACUAUGCAUACAGAUUAUAUAGGUGUUAUAUCUAUAAAUAUAUUAUAAGUUGAGAUUUUAGAAAUAGUGAUAGUACCCAAUGGUAAUGAAAUAUCUAAAGCUCUGGCUACAUGCUCCGUCUUGCCUGCGCAUAACACUAACUGCACAGGCAAGGAGUGUGUAGCUGGAGCUCUAUAUCCAGUCAUAAGAUUUAAUUUCCCUCCAAAAACAUAUCUACCCAGGCAUAAUUAUUUUUAGUGAUUAUGUUAUAAAUAUCUAAUUAUGUAUUACUAUUAUUGCAAAUAAAUUGAAAUACAAGU